AUGGGUUCCUUCUCUCAUCGAAAUCUCACAUCUUCAUCGAUGGUGUUUCCCUUACUCACCAUUCUCUCAUCCUUUGCCUACUGCGAAGUUGGCAAGCCAUCAGCCUACGACGUACUUCAACAAUAUGACUUCCCAAUCGGUAUUCUUCCCAUAGGAGUUACAGGCUACGAGUUGAACACAGAAACCGGGCAUUUCUCGAUCUAUUUGAGUGGGACUUGCACCUUCUCCGUUGAAAAUUCAUACGAGCUUGAGUACAAGUCCACCAUAUCUGGUUUUCUGUCCAAAGGCAGGCUCAGUGAUCUGAAAGGUGUCAGUGUCAAGGUGUUCUUCUUCUGGCUCAGCAUUGUCGAAGUGGUUCAUGUUGGCGAUGACCUGCAGUUCUCUGUGGGAAUUGCUUCGGCUAAUUUUCCAGCCAACAACUUCGAUGAGAGUCCUCACUGUGGGUGUGGAUUUGAUUGUAACCGGUUGAGCGCUUUCCUGCCCUCAUAUCCGGUAGAUGCUUACUGA